AUGUCGGAGGCAGAACCAUCACCCUCACCACCCUCAUCAGCCCUUGAUGAAGAGUCCCCUCUUUCGUCAAAAUCUCUACCGGAACUUUUAACAAUGAUUCCUGGGAAGUUGGAGUUUGAAGUUCACAAUACGGACCCGAAACGAGUUUCAACUUUGACUUUGAGGUUACUCUACUUUUUUGCCGCCGGCAGUGGUAAAUAUUAUCAAGAUAUCUUCCCCUGGAUGGAUGACCCAGCCGAUGAUGAUUUUCCUAUGUCUAUUGAUGAUAUAUGGUCUCCUCAUGAUUGCUUUGAUGAUUCAACUGAUGAACACGAUGAUGCAUCGCGAGGCUAUUCUCAUAAAGGCCGUAUAUGCGCGCGCGAAAUACCACCAGGGGAGCCUGUUUACAAUUGUUAUGAUUGUGGAGUCGAUCCAACGUGUUGUAUGUGUGCCCAUUGUUUUAAUGAGCGUGAACAUUCAGAUCAUAAUGUUAGUAGACAUAUCUCUCAAGGUAACGCUAUAUGUGAUUGCGGUGAUGUAUCCUCCUGGAAGAGACCUCUCGAUUGUUUAGCUAAUAAGAUGGAUAAAAGGAGUAACUAUGGAGAAUUACCUCAAGGACUAAAGAAGAAUCUCACGAGUGCAAUCGAGUCUGCGUUAGAUUUUUUCCUCGACGUUCAGUCUUUAAAUGUUCAAGUUUUGAGAUCUACGCUAGAUGAUCGCACUGAUCAGGAGAUUGUCGCAGCUGAUGAAGAUAUUGAUGAAUUAACCUUUUUGGAUGGUUCCAAGUAUGGUGUUGAAACAGAUUGUUUGUGUAAUUGGUAUCUAAUUGCAUGGAAUGAUGAAUUUCACGACUGGAACACGGCAGUGAAAACAAUAUCCUUGGCUCGCAAUCAAUUUGAUGAGGACUCUGGCCAAAUGAGUGUGAAUUUAGCUUCUAUUAUUGACAGUAAGGGAUACACAUCAAUAUGGCAGGCUACAAAGGUAGAGGAUCUUAUAGGUCCUUUUUCACAAUUUCGUAAUACAGGGAUGACUGCAACAGUAUUGAGCGCAAAGACCGCGAUUCGUCUGGAAGUUGCUGAUGCUGCUGUGGAAUUUAUUUUCAAAAUUGUUCAUUGCACAAACAGUAAGAUUUCGGAAUUUGGUAUGAAAGUUCUUUCUGAUUUGCUACUCAAAACAUAUCCAUCAUUUUUUUAUGUCAAUGAGUCCAAAAUUAGUGUUGACGAUAAGAAUUCACUUUUAUGCUCAGAUGGUAUACCACUUAUUGACAGAGGCAAUGUUGAUAUACCACCUUUGAGUGGUGUGCCAAAUUUAUUACUUCAGAAUUCAAGAUCAUUACCAUCAACAUCUCCCACCAGAAUUGGCGUCAAGAGGGAUUUUACUAGAUUGCAGUUACUAUUCUUUUUGGAGAGGAGGUUUCCCAAGUGCACUAGAAAAAUUCUAAGAACAUUGAUAGUUCCUGUUAUUACUAGUACUCCAGAAUCUAGAACAGAAUUUGGAAUGCAAAUAGCAGAAAUAUUACCGACACUCGAGAACAUCAAUCAGUAUUAUGAUCGUGAGUGGCAUUUGAGUUUACUUGAAUCAUUUCGCUUACAAAUUUAUCAUGAUCCUUGUAUUGGAACUGCUCUUCUUGAAAAAGGGACUUUUAAAAAUAUUCUACAAAGUGCUUUAGGUUGCUUCCUGAGAUAUGGUAAAAGAUCGCAUGGCUAUUUGGUGUAUGGUACAUAUGCACCUGGAUACUAUUCCUGGGAAAGAAGAAGAAAUAAUACUGCAGAGUCACAAAUUUAUAGAAGUGCGGCUACCAUUAUUUCUUUUUUAAAGCCAGGAUCCUAUAAGAUACUAGAACCAGAAUACUUUGGGUACGUCAUGCUUCUUGUUUCCAUCUUUGAUAACAGUUAUGAAAUAGUUAGAAAAACAGGUGAUCAUGUGGAACAUGAGGAUCUUAAAUAUAAAAGAUACUUUACCCUUGCAGUGGUUGCUUAUGAUAUUGCAAGAUACAUCGGGAAGCUUGUAUCCACAAUCAAAGGCAGAAAUGAGGUCAUCGAAAAUGCUAUUAAAUUUACAUCUGCCUAUCUGAAUGCCAGGUAUAAGAUUCCAACAGGUGAUAAUGCUGCAAAGGUAUCUUCUGAUCCGGUGUCACUUUUACACCCACUACAGAGUUUGCUUGCUCAGUUAUGUAUGAAUUAUUCAUGCUUUAAUACAUCCUUGCUGCUUCCAGCUAAUUGUUCUCUUCAAUCUGCUUCUGGACUGGAUAAGUCUUUGUGUGCAUUAAGUUGUGGAUCUUGCUCAUCUCUGGUCGAGUCGGAUGUUCUUAGCGCUCAGAUUAAAACGGGUUUUUGGAUAAGAAAUGGCAACAGCGUCUUUUCCCAAAACGAAAUUUCGCACACUUUUUACGAUGAAUGUGGCUGCUUAUAUUUGGAGCAGUUAGCGAUUAUUGGAAAAGUUAUAGGAAUGAAGGAUAUUUUUAACAUUUGGGAAUUUUCUGAUUGCAUUUUGAGCGCAAAUCCAAUACCGUUUACCGAGACCAUUUAUGAGGAUAGGGUGUCUCCUAUGCUAUUGGAAAUGAUUACAAAGUUAUAUCAUCUUUUUACUUACAGACUUUCUUUUGAUUCUAGUAUGACAAGGGAUCGUUUGUUCUAUAUGCAAACUCGAGCUGAACUUGCUUAUACGCUAUGCUACAAGGAAAAAGGAUACUCUGAUUUAAAGAAACAAUUUGAGGGCGUUCCAUUUUUUGAUGAAGUAUUUGAAGAGAUUGCUAAAUUUGUUCCUCCACGCAGUAUAAGGGAUUAUGGCCAUUAUGCUUUGAAAGAAAGCAUGUAUAGCAAACUAGACCCAUUCGAUUUUUUGAACAAAUAUGUAUCCGCAGAUGACAUACAAGACAACAUUCUGGAGAAAUUGGCUGCCACAAGAAAGAAGAAGAAAAAAGAUAUUGUAUUAAAGCCAGUUAUUUACAAACUUGAGGGUGUUGACCUCAAGAAAUCCGAACCAUUAGCCGACACUUUUAAAUCGAACCUUUUUGCAAAAUUCUUGUAUAAGGUAUUACGAUUUUCAAUCGAUUCGGAUCAGGAUGAUCAUAUAAUGGUCACACUUCAUUUAUUACACGCAAUUUUAGAAGAUGAUUCCCUACGGUAUUCGGAUAAUGAGCAACAUAUUUCAAGUUUUGUUGACAUUCCUAUUUGCAAUAUAUUACUUGGUAUUGUAGAAAGAAAGAGUUCAUCUGCAAUACUUGCGAAGAAGGCUGCAUCUAUAUUGGAUAUUCUUUUGUUAAAAGAUGACGCCGUUCUCCAGUCGCUGAUCGAUUGCUUUGGUGAAGAGCAUAUUAAAAGUUAUAGAAAGUCUAAGCAUGGUAAAGGCUUGGAAACAAGAAAAGAGCGCGCACAUAGGCUGGCUCAUAAGAGGCAAAGAAGAAUACUGGAGAGAAUGCGUGGUCAACAAAAAGAGUUCAUGUCGAGAAAUAGGGAUUUCUUUGAAGAUAGCGAUGUAGAAAGCCCAUUUGAAGGGGAGAUAGAGGAUCAGAAUGAGCAUACGGGGGGUAGCAACGCCAGAGUAUGCAUUUUGUGCCGGAAGCCUGAAAAUGAUACUGAAAUAUUUGGUAUUCCGACACUCAUUUCCAAAUCAUCCGUUUUCUGGAAUCUCCCAGAUUUAUUCCGAGGCGCCGUUUAUCCUUCAAGCUUUAUUCCUGGCAGUGAUAUGUCAGUAGAUUGGAAUGUUCAUCCUAGAAAGUGCCCUCGUUUUUACAAUAAAAGUGAACAAAUGGAAACAUCAAGUUCGAUGCCUUUGUUCCCACGCCCGUGUGUCGAUGAUGUGUCAAAAUUUGGCUCCUUAGACGAUGACACUAUCCGGGAUGGAUCUGUGAAUAUGAAUGGUCCCCCAAAGAACCCGCCAUUCUGCUUUUCGAAGCACGUAAUUACAGGCUGUCCUCACGGAAUGCAUUUAAGUUGUUUCUUAGACAUGAUACAAAAAAAGGGAUACAAAGUCACUAGCUUUCUUUGUCCCCUGUGUGAGAAAUAUUGCAACUCGUUUAUCCCAUCCCUUCAUGAUCCACACAUUAAACUUGACCCGAUGAGCAGGCCAACAAGUUUAAACACCACUGAUAUUGAUAAUGAGGCGGGAAAUAGUCGCAUGAUCGGACAUAAUGUUUUAGAUGUAAAACUAAGGGAAUUGUUUGAAAAUCGUGAGUAUAAGGACACACAGAUUAAAAAAGAAUUGGCAGAUUUAGGUACGAAAAACAAAUUUCUGAAAUGUGUAGCCGCAGAAUUUGUGCAGUGUGUCAACCCAGAAAUAAGUGUGGCAUUAUUGAUUGGUUCAACAUUACAAAUGUUUGAAAUUGCCAACAGGCAAAAAGAGGUAGAAAAGGGUAUUUCUGCAACAGUAAAAAGUGGUGUCAAUUUUGAAACGAUGCCUAAAUGUCAAAUAGAGAAUGUUUGUCCUGCAUCAUUAUCUGACAUCUCCCUUUUGGUGUUACGCUCUCUAAUUCAAUAUCGUGUUUUAAUGAACCUUGGUUGUGAAAAAGGUUUUGAUUAUAACGAACUUCGCAAAAGUGAGAUUGGCAUGAUGCAUUAUCGACACCUAGGAUUUCUCGAAACUAUUUUAGUGCAGUUCUUCUCCGGAAAAGAAAGUUUUGACACAAUAAUUAGGGCAGUAUUAACAAAAUUUAUAACAAGGAUCGUGUUCUGUUUGAUGUCAAAGCUUUCGAAGGACAAAACAACGAUUAUCUUUUCCUCCUUCUGCUAUGAUAUUAAGCCAUACCAUGCUCAAGGUACGGAACCAUUUGAGUCUUUCUGCAGCACGUUAAGUACUCAGCUGGGAGUUGAAUUACUGCCAUCAAUGAAGGAAUCUCUUUAUAGUGUUGCAUGCACGUGGUUCGUUAGGUAUAAGUCCCAAAUUGAUUUGCUCGCCCAAUGUUUUAAUUUCAGCACUACUGAAAAUCUUAUCAGUAACGUUGACGAAGUAUUCAAAUUCGCCAAUAUUGAGAAAACCGUUGAGCAUUCUUCUAUGAUGGCCGAAAUUGAUUCUUUGUUUUCGCUUUCGGAUCGCAGCUAUGUAAUCCUAGAUUACCCAGCACCAGUACUUUUACAGCCUAUGGCACCAAAGAUAUCUGAUUAUUUGGAUGGAUCGUUCGGAGAUACGUCCUCAAAAUCAAUUACGGAUACAAAGUAUGUGAUCUGUAUGUUGUGUGGACAAGCAGUGAAUCGUAUGGGAAAGCAUACCGUAAAUUGUCCAUUGGGUCCGGGAACACAUUGCUUAUUUUUCUCACCGUACCACAAUAAAUUGGAUCUUUUCCUUGUGCCACAAACUUUCGUGGCACAUCGUGAUUCAACUGGAGAUGUGAUUGCUCACCUUAGCUCGCCAUAUUUAAAUAAGUAUGGUGAGGCCGCUGGUGGACUAUUAGGUGGAGGAGAAGCAGGAACUCUUCACUUAGAUAGAUUUUGGUACUUGAAUCAAUGUUGGUUGAACCAAAGUUUGAUUGCAUCCGAAUUUGUAUCUAUUGUUGACACCGGGAUGGGUGAUUUGAGGCUGAAUGUUCCAUUUACACUAGACGAUGAUGCAAGAGAAUUUUUUACAUUGAAUCUUCAGAAUGCACCAAACGUGGAGAACAAUUUGGCUUUAAUGAAUGCUGCUUUAAGAUUAAGAGCAUUCCCCUUUCCAGAUGAGGGAACCGUAGAGGGUGAUAUUGAAGGAGAUAAUGAUAAUGAUGAUGAUGAUGAUGAUGAUGAUGAUGAUGAUGGAGACCGGAUUAUGACUGAUGACGAUGAAUUUGAUAAUCUCCCAUGGUAA